UCGUUUUUUGCGGAGUUCCCAGUUGUCUUGAAAGGACUAUACCGCUUGCCAUCAACUACGCAUGUCCUUAUUGGAGUGUUUGUUUACUUGUGUUGUAUGUGUGUGCGACUGCUUUCCCAGGCUUUUGCAUAACAUUGUUUUACGGUUUAAACCUAAUUCUGCCGAUAUGGCAGCCACAGCCCCGAACCCGGAGGAUUCGAACAGAAGUAGCCCACCCACUGCACUCGCUGGGGAUGGGGAUUCAGAGGAGGCCGAAGAGUUUACAGCUUCAACCCACUGCUCAGAGCUGUCUCGUCGGCAGAAUGAGCAGAGGAAGACCGGGUUGUUCUGCGAUGUGACGUUGGCCUUCAGUAGCGGGGCAGCCAGCGAAAGGGUACAAAGUUGCGAAUUCACGGCCCACCGUUCGGUUCUGGCUGCUUCUACGGACUAUUUCACCCCGCUACUGGGGGGGCAAUUUUCUGAGUCGCUGUCCGGGCGGGUGGAUAUGAAAGAAUGGAGCUCCGAAACGGGGCCCGACCCAGAGACAGUGGAAAGCGUCAUACAGUUCAUGUACACUGGUGAAAUACGAGUGAGCACCGCCAACGUUCACGAAGUAUUGGAACUAGCUGACAGGUUCCUGCUGGUGCAGCUGAAGGACUUUUGUGGUGAGUUCCUGAAGAAGAAGCUGAGCCUGGCUAACUGCGUAGCGGUGCACAGCCUGGCUCACAUGUACACCCUGGACCAGCUGGCCCUGCGUGCUGCUGACAUGAUCAGACGCAACUUCCACAAGGUCAUCCAGGAUGAAGAAUUCUACACGCUCCCCUUCCACCUGGUGCGAGACUGGCUGUCCGACGCCGAGAUCACCGUGGACUCGGAGGAGGUGCUCUUCGACGCUAUCGUCAAAUGGGUACAGCGCAACGCAGAGGAGCGAGAGAAGUACUUUGAGGAGCUGUUCCGUCUCCUACGGCUUCCCCAGAUCAUGCCCACCUACUUGACCCAGGUGGUCAAGAAGGAGCCCCUGGUGGCCAACAACGCCACCUGCCUGCAGCUGGUGUCCGAGGCCGUGGAGGGCCACGCCAUUCGCUUUGAGAACCUCAAGUCAGUCGACCUAGAGUUCUGGGCGUCGUACAUGGUGGCCUUCCAGCCGCGCUUCGGACAGAACAUGGACGUGAUCAUGGUGGUGGGCGGGGUGUCUGAGGGCGGCGACUACCUGAGCGAGUGCGUGGGCUACUUUGUGUACGAGGACCGCUGGGUCAACUUGCCCCACAUCCACAACCACCUGGACGGCCACGCCAUCGCCACCACGGACUCCCACGUCUACGUAGCGGGCUCCAUGGAACCGGGCUUCGCCAAGACCGUGGAGCGUUACAACCCCAAUCGCAACACCUGGGAACAGGUGAGUAACCUGACCACACGUAAGCACUCCUUCGGCCUCACCUGCAUCAAGAACAUCCUGUAUAGCAUCGGCGGCCACGGCAACUUCAGCCCGGGCUUCAAGGACGUGAGUGUGUACGAGCCCGAGCAGGACAAGUGGCACAACCUGGAGUCAGCGCCCAAGAUCCUGCGCGACGUGAAGGCGGUGAGCGUGGAGGACCGCUACGUGUACGUGACGGCGCGCACGCCCGUGGACACGGACAACGAGGACGGGCUGAAGACUGUGACCACGCGCUACGACACAGAGAGCCACCAGUGGCAGGAGGUGGAUUCCCUGCCGCUCAUUGACAACUACUGUGCGUUCCAGAUGGCGGUGGCGCCCACCAACUUCUACCACACAGCCUCCUGCUGCCCCAAGAGCUAUGCCGUGCAGGACGAGACCGCAAAGCAGAAGAUCAGUGCUCGCAUCUCAGACGACAUCCUGGAGAGCCUGCCGCCUGAGGUCACCAGCAUCGAGGGCACCGCCAUCUGCUACCUGGGCGAGGACGUGUUCGUGAUCGGCGGCUGGAAGAACAGCGACGACGUGGACAAGCAGUACCGCAAGGAGGCCUACCGCUACUGCGCUGAGCGGAAACGCUGGAUGCUGCUGCCGCCCAUGCCCCAGCCGCGCUGCCGCGCCACCGCUUGCCACGUACGCAUCCCCUACCGCUUCCUGUACGGCUGCCAGCGCUACCCUAUGCCCCAGAACCUGGCGCGGCAGCGGGACCGCAUGCAGCAGAUGCAGCAGCUCCACCGCCGCACGCUCACCCUGCGCAGGCAGCUGCAGUCGCAGAUCGAGUGCUGAACUCCAUUCCAUCCUCCCACAAGGGGCAGCAUUUCAGUGUCCAUUUCACAUUCUCCGUUCAGUACUGGCCCUCCCGUCUAAUAUGCAGUUUGUUCAUAUUGCCACACUUUGUUGGUUGUUUAUACUUUUUUGUUGGUAAGGGGAUGUACUGGCUCAGGUUUGGAGAAAGAGAGAGUCUGUGACAGUUGUAUGUGACAAUGUGCAUAGAAUAAAAGGACCAGACAAUGGAACGGUACGCCAUGUAAAAAAUAUAUUAUUUAUGUAUGCUUUUGGCCUUACUUAAAUAUGCCUUCUCUUAAUCCUCUCUUAAUAAAUGCUUUAGAGAAGUGUUUCCCAAACUUGGUCCUGAGGAACCCAAGGGUGCACAUUUUGGUUUUUGCCCUAGCACUACACAGCUGAUUCAAAUAAUCAAAGCUUGAUGACGAGUUGAUUAUUUGAAUCAGUUGUGCAGUGGAGGCUGCUGAGAUGGUCAUAAUAAUGGAUGGAACGGAGAAAAUUGAAUGGCAUCAAACACAUGGAAACCUUGUGUUUGAGUUAUUUGACACCAUUCCACUAAUACCGCUCCAGCCAUUACCACGAGCCCGUCCUCCCCAAUUAAGAUGCCACCAACCUCCUGUGGUGUAGUGCUAGGGCAAAAAACAAAAUGUGCAGGACCGAGUUUGGCAAACACUGCUUUAGAGUCUAGACGCAGCAAUGCUCUAGUGUCAGCCUGUUUGUGCUAUCAUGCCAACUCCCUGUCACUCAUUGUCAAUGCAAUGACAGCAAUGGAGUUGGCAAGAGCACAAAUGGAUCUGGGACCAGGCUAGCAAUGCUCCAUUCUAGCUUGUAAAUGAGAGUUCCUGUCCAACUAAAUUACAGACGCAUGCCAGAUCUUACAACUACUGAAUAGGUAUUUAACUUAUCUGCUAACCACAUCAUAUGUUAUAGCAAUCUGAUGCCCGACUGCACAGUCGAUGACGUGGCGCGGAACUAUUGGGUGAUGCAAUGCAACACUUUCGCUUCUAGUCGGGCAGGAACUCGACCUUAGACUGACAUUCCAUUUGACACUGUGAUGGUUCCCAUGACCACCUUUAUGUACUGGCUUUAGUGAGAUGCUACAGCCCACACAAAGCAUAAGGUUUUCAAAGAUUUGCUUUAAUGUACAUUUAUUGGUUGCAUUGUAUAGACAGGCUACUCCUUUCAGUUUUAGGUUACUCCUUUUGCUUGCUUCAUUACAAUCUUCGGCCUGUUUCCUCCAUGGCUUUGUUUUGCACUACAUAUGUGUUAUGAUAGUUCAAUAUGUUAUGUACCAUUUGAAUGUUGGAUAGGGACUCAUAGGAGAGGAGCAAAAAUCACUUCAUUUUGGAACGUCUCAAUCUAUUUUUUACCUCCCAUUGGAUCCGGUUUAGUUUUUUGUUUUCGUUGUCAAAAGAUAGCUAUAAAAUAUAGAAGGUGGAGCACGAUCAUUAUUUUCAAGGGCACAAGUGUCCUCUGUAACUUGGCCCAAAUUAUAUCUACAGUAACUUAACAUGAAUAUUUUCUCAGGAGUCGAUGAGAGCACUCAUUUCUCCAUUCCAUUCAAUUGUGACAUUCCUAAAGCACAGUUAAUUGCACUUGAGUAGGCCUAUCUGCUUUGCCCGCUUAUAAAAGUGGUCAACUGAAGACCUUAGGCUACAUUUCACUUUAUAAUUCCCCCAAUGCCAAAGCGUAACCCGCAAGUCAUUCUAUCUAGAAAUAACAAGCCCCACUCCACUACCUCACAGGAAGGCAGAUUAUAGCUGCUGGGGUAACAUACCUACCCCACUUGCACAGGAAAGUUUAAUGACACACUCAAAUAGUCUUCAAUGAAAUGUCUGUCAGUAAUUAUUUGGCUCGUUCAUUAACCUGACACCAGGGUCGGACACUUUUUAUUAGCAUUCCAUUGUGUUUACAAUACUGACCUGUGAAAUGUUCUUCAAGACGUGAUGUUGUAAUCUGGUGGUUUAAUAACUUUUAUCUGGAAACUUGUCUGGAAAAGCUGUAAUUAUGUAUUUACUCAGUCGGUGCAUUGUGAAUAUUUUCAGGUAAUUGUGUGUAUUUCCUGCUGUGUAUUAAUAUUGUCAAAAACGUAACCUUUAACUCAUUGUGGCUCGAGGCACAGUAUUUUAUGUAGUGACUUACAUUCCUUAACACCAUUUUAUUUACAGUACCUCACAAUCAUGUUUCAUGUAAAACAAGCCAGUGUUCUGUUGAUUCAGAUCCUCAUAAUCAUUAUGUUCUACCAUGUAAAUUCAUGAAUGCACACCAUGGAUAGUUAGAUUCAGAAUAGUAUAGUAUGUCGGUGUUGAUUGUAAAUGUCCCUAGUUGAGAUGUUUUUGAUUUAAUACUGAAAGUCCUUUAUCGUGGUGAAUGGGUUGCCAAGUCCAAAGCAGUGAAUCCCCCAUCAGUAGUUAUUCCUGUUCCAUCAAUGCAGAGGGAAUCUGAGUUUGUGUGUAUUGUAAGUGUCCAGAAGCCAUAUUCCUUCUGGUCUCAUUCUUGUACAGUAGUUUGAAAUUGUAAAGGACAUAUUUAGCUUUGUGUGUUCUCGCUUAAAAUGCACAACGAGCUCUGAGUAUACAGUCAUUUCCAAUAAAAAAUAUAUUUCAUAUAA